AUGGCGCUAAUGAAGACCACAACGGAGCCGAGGCCGAGGCCUAAGCCUAGUGCGACCGGAGAGGGCCCUGCUGCUCCCGAUGCAGAACCAGUCUCGGGUAAUGCUGAGGCCGUCGUCGGGCCGGAUGGCGGCGCCGUUGUUGAGCUCGUGACCGAUGUCGAAGUCGUGGCUGGGAUACUGCCGAAAAUGGACGAGACCAUGGCGGAGAUCUUCGUCUCGGCGGCGGAUUGCACUCCAUUACAGAGGCCAAGAAGUGAGGCACCGUACGUCUGCUUUUUCAACGCGGAUCACUGCUUUCUUGUCGGCUUCCUUUGA